GACGCCAAGACUCCGAGUCCGGCACAAUCUGGAAGGGACGGGCGCCGGAGACCACAUCACCAUGCCCGAGGGAGCCCGCAGGGGCAGCACCAAGAGAGGCGGCAAGGCAGCAGCACCCCGGCCCUCGUCCGUCUCCUCGCUGAGCGCUCUCGGCUCCGGCAUGGCUUCGGACCCCAUCCUGGGCAGCUGCACCUCAGUCAACACCGUGUGCUCGGAUAGCGACCGCCCCGUCAGCCUCAGCUCCUCGGCGUCGUCCGCCUCUCUGCCGGACAGCCAGAGCGCCUUCGGCAGCAGCGGGGGGCUGGGCGGCUGCCCCCCGCCUUACCCGCAGCACCGAAACGGCAGCGACAUCAGCCUGGACCUCACGCCGGUGGCUCUGCUGGACAGGCCCGGGGAAGCCCAGGCGGGACCGAGUUGGUCGCCGAGUCUGGGAAGGGCCAGAGAGCGCCGGAUGAAGCUGUCUCACCUGGACCGGGUGGUGAUGGAGAUCGUGGAGACGGAGCAGUCCUACGUCCGGGACCUCAGGAGCAUCGUGGAGGACUACCUGGGCUGCAUCAUCGACUGUGGACACCUGCCGCUCAAACCAGAACAAGUCAGUGCCUUGUUUUGCAACAUUGAAGAUAUCUACGAGUUCAACAGCGAACUUCUGGAGGACAUGGAGCGAAACACCAGCGCCGAGGCUGUCGCAGAGUGCUUUGUUCAAAGGAGUGAAGAGUUCGAUAUCUACACCUUGUACUGCAUGAACUACCCCAACUCAGUCUCGGUGCUGCGGGAAUGCAUGGAGAACGACUCCCUGGCCAAGUUCUUCCGCGAGAGGCAAGCCACUCUGUCACAUUUGCUGCCCCUGGAGACGUAUCUCUUGAAGCCCGUCCAACGGAUCCUGAAAUACCAUUUGCUGCUGCAGGAACUGGCAAAGCAUUACGACAAGAGCAGUCCCGGCUACGAUGCCGUGGAAGAGGCGAGCAUCACCAUGACGGCCGUGGCUUGGUACAUCAACGACAUGAAGCGCAAGCAGGAGCACGCCACCCGGCUGCAGGAGAUCCAGAGGCAGCUGGUUGGCUGGACAGGCCCAGAGCUGGGGGCUUUUGGGGAGCUGGUCCUGGAGGGGCAGUUCCGGGUGCCGCGGGCACGCAAGGACAGGGUCUUCUUCCUCCUCAGCAAGGUGAUCCUAAUCGCCAAGCGCCGCGGAGAAGCCUUCGUCUACAAGAGCCACAUCUUUUGCUGCAACCUGGCCCUGCAGGAGAACACGAAGGACCCCAUGAGCUUCAAAAUCUCCGACCUCUCCAUCCCCAAACAGCAGCACGUGGUCCAGGUGAGGAACCAGGAAGAAAAACGUCUGUGGAUCCAUUAUCUGAAGAGGUUAAUCGUGGAGAAUCACCCGGCAUCCAUCCCUCAGAAGGCUAAGCAAGUCCUGUUAGAGAACAGCUUCCAGGGUUCCCCGGAGGUUUUCUACAGCCCAGGGGCUCCCAAGAAGACCUCGCCUUCUACGCGGGUUGAUGAGUCCGUGGCGUGCAGCCGAAGCCGGCGCCAAUCGGACCCACCGGAGUUCAUGUACAGCCCCGAACGAGCGCGGCGGAGCUGCCCCACCUUGCAGCUGGAGAAAAGUGGGUCCUAUCGCCGCAGCCGCAGGCAGUCUGACGUGGCCAAGAUGAAGCACGCCGACAGCGACGGAGAGCUCUUCCCGGCCGCCGAGCCCCUCCAGCCGCCUGGCCCCCCCUGCCCGGUGACGUCCGGCGGGGCGGAGGUGGACGCAGAGGAGUCCGACCAGGACGAAGGGGAGGCCGAGUUCUCUCUGGCCGGGGAGCCGGUCCCCGCCAAUUUGUCCAUCACGGAGGAGAUCCUGGAACUGCUCAGCCAACGGGGACUGGAUGGAGAGUCGGGAAGGGACGGGCCGAUUUUGGGAGAAGAGAGGCCGGAGGACCAUCUCCUGAGAAGCGAUACGUUGGAGGAGCUGGAGGAGAAGGCGGAAGAGGAGGCGGUGGAAGAACGCGGAUCGGAGGGGGAAGAGGCCCCCCAGAGAGACCCGGUCCAGGAACAGCCGCCUCCGAUGCCUCGUCAUCCCUUCACCAGCGACUCCUCGGAAGAAGAGGAGCAGCAGCGGGAGGAGUCCGCCGGCCCGUCUCCUCUCCACGUCCUGGAGGACUUGGCCUCGGAGGACGCCCGCAGGAACCCAGGAGAGGGUGGCAGCGCUGCCUGCGUGGGGCAGGCGGCGGCGGGUGGGAGGAGAAGCCCGACCCCCGAGGAUCCUGGCCAAUCGAAGCAGCCGGCCCCAUGCGCCCAAAGCUCGCUGGGCCGAGACCAGAAGGCGGACUCCACCUUGACGAAGGACGACUGGAUGCUGAUUGAGAAAAUCAAGAGCUACUACGAUGGGACAGAGUCUACAAAUAAGGGUCCGGGUCCGUGCAAGAUGGAGGGCGCCCCUCCGGUGCCCGCCGGCGUGGUGCGAGAGUCCGUCCUCCGCUUCAACAGCAUCUUGCGGCAGAACGAUGCCCGGGACUCGGAAGUGGGCGGGGGCAAGCUGGGGAAGCCCCGCCCACAACCGGGCGCUGGUGGCCACGGGAGUCCCGGUAGGAGCAGGAGCCGGUCGUGUAACGCCCAGCCGCCUUUCGGCCGCGAGGAUCCCGGCGAGGGGCGGAGCCAGCUGCCCGCAAGCCCCGAACAUUCCAAGAGGGGGAGGAGCCGCUCGGACGGCGGCCAAUCGCCAGGCGGCUCCGAAGAUUCCACCGGUGGCGAGGCCCAAUCGGCCUUCUGUGGGGAUUCUGAGAAGAGGCGGGGUCUAUCUGGUAGAACCCAGUUGGGCGCCGCCCAUAACGUUUCUGGAAGUGGGUGUGGCUUGGAGGAGGAGGAGGGGGAGGAGCUGCCUACAGGGCCCGAGUUCAAAUCCUGUGCGGAGAUCCGGAGGGCUUGGCAGGAGAAGGAGCGGAGCUCUCUGGGCACCCCCAAGAAAGGGGGCAAGGGGGCAGGCAGGGGAUUGCCCUCCUCCCUGGAGGCGCCGGUUUACACCGAACCCUUGUGCAUCGUGGAGGAUUCGGACUUGGAGGAACCGCACUCGGUUCCGAGCAGAGAUCCGGAGGAGGAAGCCCCGGGCCUGGGGGCGAAGGAGAGGCAGGCAGCUUUUGCGGGCGAUGGAUCUCGGGGUUACCUGCCCUCCCUGGACCUCUACGAGAGCAACGGGGACCCGUGUCUGCUGGAGAACUCGGAGCGCAUCAUCAGCAAGGUGUGGGCCUUGGCGAAAAUGUACAGCGAGAAAAUCAGCCGCCUGAAAGCUCAGGGCCGGGGGCUGGAGAGGCCUCGGGCCCCCCACCGGAGGACCCUCGGCAGGAGCCUGGCCGGGGUGCAGGAAGGGAAGCAAGGAGCCGCCAUCCCGCACUGUGAGCCACGAAUCUACGGCCACAUCCUCAUCCACGAGCCCCUGCAGCACGUGGUCCAAGUCCAGGAGAACACGACGCUCGCUGCCGCCACCCGGGGGACGGCCCUGGAGCUGCGUGCCGAGAAGCCCCGCCCGCUUCUCCCCCCAGAACUCCUGGCUCCGCUGCGGCAGGAACUUCUGUGCCCCGCACCCCAACCUUCGUGCGUCGGGUCUGACGCCUCGGCACCCGCCGGUAGGGAGGAGAUCCCAGAAGGCAAGCAAAGCAGAGGAGGACCAGGAAGCCCCAGACACUCCCUGUCACCCGGCCCUGCUGUGGAUCACCUUGCCAAAGAGGGGUGCAAAUUGGGGGGUUCUCCUCUGCACCCCAAAUCCGUAACCGAGAGAACGCUUGGAGCCACGAGCGCAGAGAAAACCACGUCUGCAUCUGAGCUGGCCGGGGACAUGAAAGAUGUCUUACCAGGCUCUGUAGAGGAACCGAAGGCCAGUUUGCCCAGUUCUCCAGCUGCUCCCCCAGCAGAGCAGGCCUCCCCCCAAAACCAGGAAGGAGGCCUCUCCCAUACAAGCUCUGGGCUGCAGCUGUCGGCAGCCGGCAUUUCAACAGGGAGAGGCCCAGCACCUUUCACGGAGAACGAUAAAGUCGGUACAGAGCUGGCAGCGUCAAGCAACGAAUCCUUCAAAACGCUGCCUGGGGUCCACGGAAGUGUGGCCCUGGAUUCCACCCCAAAGGCCACGGCGCUCCUCCCGUUGGCUUCCUCCGGCCCCGCAGAGGCGCCGAUGCCCCGCAGCAUGGAGAAUUGCCCCGUCCAAGAACCCCCUUCCCCAACACGGCCCGGUUUCCAGGCGGCAACAGAGCCUCCGGUCUCCGCCCGGCAGCGGCAGCAGCGCACGCCGCCACCGCUCCCGAAGCUUCUCCCCGCCUCUCCGGUCCGCAGGUGCCUCUCCUCGAGUGCGGCGGCCAUUUCCAGGUACAUCGCAGCCUCCUGCAUCAGCCAGAGCCUGGCCCGCAAAAACGGCGGCCCUCCUCACGAGGAGAUGCAGGUGCCGUUCCUGCCGACCGCCUCUGGACCAACCCUCCCGAGACCCCUGGCAAACCCUUUGGCUCUGCUCCCCAAGGGGGCGCCCAGGGCACACGCCAUCCUGGGGAAGCCAGAGGGCUUGUUUCCGAGAGACGUGCCGCCGGCCAAUUCCCGCUGCUUCGGGCCCCUCUCUCCUCCCCGCCGCCGAGCCUUGUCAGCAGCAGCCCAGGCCUUCGAGAACGGCGUCCCCUUCUCCUCCGCCUCUGAGCCCAACUCCAGGGUGCAGUCGCCCUGCCCUGUAAAGCCCAGAGUCUGCUCCCCGCCUCCAAGCGGGCUCCGGGCCUGCAGCUUUGCCCCCUUGUGCGCCCACCCUCCCGGGCAGCCGCCCGCCCACAUCGCCUCCCCGGUGCCGUUGGUGCCGGACUCUGCCACGGGGCCGACCGCGUCGCCUCCUUUGAGACCGCGGGGAAACAGCCUCCCCAGUGGCGGGCUGGCUGAGAGCCUGGCCGUAAAUGGGGACCAGGUAGGCUCCUCCGGGUCCCACGAAAUUGGCAGCAUCAAGUGGCCCAACGUGCCAGGCCUGUGCCUGAAGUACGUGAGCAGGGAGUGCCGGCCGAGCUCCCAGAGGAGACCGCUCGAGGGGGAGGGCUGCCCCGAAUCGGACUCCCCCAUGAGCGCGGACCCGGCGCAGCUCUCCGAGAGGGGCCACCAGAGGGCCAGUUACUCGACGACGGUGAAUAUCCAGAUUGGUGGCAGCGGUAGGAUCGCCUCCUUCAGCAACGCCCAGGUCAGCCUCACCCACCCGCUGCUGCCCACCCCGGAGCAGCCGAGCGCCAGGAAGGUCAACGGCAGUGCCUUAGAGGGGGGGCCCAAAACGUGAACUUU